AUGGACGCAAAAAGGGAGCUUGUGAUAAGUCUGUUCUUGAAAAGUUUUCGACCGUGUGAUAUCUUAAAGAAGCUGAAACCACUCGGAAUCAACGAAAGAUUCAUCUUUCGUACCAUCAAGCGAUACAAGGAGACUGGUUCUUGGAAAAUACUUCCCAAGCCUAGUCGUAAACGCACUGUGAGGAGUCCGGAAGCUAUCAAACGAGUAAGAAAGCGAGUUCGACGGAAUCCUGCUCAGUCUGGACGUAAGAUGGCCAAGGAGCUGGGGAUAUCGCAGUCAACCAUGAAGACUAUUUUGAAAGAUGAUCUUCGAUUGAUUCCAUACAAAAAACAACGGGUGCACGGUGUGACUGAAAAGCAGAAGGCUGGAAGAGUCGAAAGAUGUAGGCAGCUGCUCAAGCGGCACGGUGGUUGUAAAAUUCUGUUUUCGGACGAAAAAUUGUUCCUGUUACAGGAUCACCACAAUCACCACAAGCACAUCUUUCUGAUAUAA